AUGCCCCAAUUCAAAGUCGCAAUCUACAUCUACAAAGAUGCCGACCUCCUGGACUUCUCAGGACCGGCUGAGAUUUAUUGCCAUUACCACGAUAUGGAUUGGAGCAAGCCAGCACCUUUCUCAGUGACAUCUUUCGCCCACACCAACCCAGUCACGUCUGCCUCUAGUGCCAUGGUCUACGUCCCCAACACCACUUUCUCCGACAUCUCUACCCAUAUCGAAGAUUACGAUAUUCUCGUCAUUCCAGGCGCUCAUGACGAGACCAUCAAAAGAUUCAUCAGCAGCAAAGAGGGCAAAGAUUUGGACGAACUAAUUCGAAAAUUUGUAACACUGAAGCCAAGAAAAGAGACGGGCAAGAGAUUUUUGCAAUCAGUGUGCACUGGAGGUCUCAUACUUGCAGCUUCCGGGGUACUUGCUGGUCGCACCAUCACGACACACCAUAUGUCUCUUGACUUGCAGAAGAAGCUCGCCGAUGAAGCAGCGGGCGGCGAUUCAAAAGUCAAAGUUGUUAGGCAACGAUGGUCGGACGCUGGAACGACAGAUGCCGGUGUGCGCAUUGUGACUGCGGGGGGAGUCAGCUCAGGAAUUGAUACUUCUCUAUGGGUUGUGGGACAGUGUUACGGACAGAAGGCAGCUGAGAUGGUUUCGGAGAUCUCUGAGUUUGACAUGAGGCCAGCAGCAUGGGGAACAGCACCAUAA